UGGGUAACAAGUUAAGGAAUAUAAAAAACAUACGUGCUACUUGUAUCUACACUUGGGAAUUCUAAAACUGAAAACAAUGAUGUAGAGAACUUUGGAGAGUCCUUGCUCAAAACCAACAUUUAUCUAUACCGACCGUGCAUUUAUACAAAAACAAACGUAACCAAUCGAAACAUUCUGGAGAUAACGGAUUCAGCUCAAGGUAUACAGAUGGAUCUUUUGACACAAUCGGAUGUGGAUAAUGAAUGAUUCACAUAAGCAUCCACAUUGGGGCACAACUGGACGUCAUGCAACACGGGAAAAUACUCUUGUGUACGGAUUCGCUAUAACUGCCAUAGCUAUCAUUGGACUUGUUGCUAAUACACUGGUACUCGUCACCAUGAUUAGGUACAAGACACUGAGAACGACAGCCCAUCUACUGAUCUUCAAUCUGUGCUUCGCCUGCCUUGUUAUUUCCAUAUGCAGUACAUUCCUCACUGCCUCUACAUACCAUGGCUCAUGGGUAUAUGGCCCAUCGGGCUGCAUAACUUAUGCCUUUACGAUGGCUAGCAUGGGCUACAUGUGCAUGAACACUUUAGCAGCGAUGGCAUGGGAGAGAGCUCAAGUCUUAACAAGGCCAUUCACUAGUUACAAAAGGAACAAUGGCGAGAGGUGCAUCCAAGUCAUCGUCCUCGUUUGGUUAUAUUCAAUUACUCUCGCUUUGCCCCCACUUCUAGGUUGGAGCAAAUAUAUCUUAGAUGGCUAUGGCGUCAGUUGCACAUUUGACUAUCUCACCCAGAGCCCAGCCAAUAUAGCAUAUAUAGCUACUAUAUAUGCAGGAGGUUUCUUCCUACCGCUUCUUAUUAUCGUGUAUAACUAUACAAAGAUUAUGCGGUAUUUAGGAAAACACAACAAAGAACUGGACCAGGCAUCAAAAGAAAUGUGUUCCCUCAGAAAGGACAGUAUAAAAAGAAUAGACUCUCGUCGCCCAUGUUCUGCCAGUUCAAACGACUCUGGAAGAACUCACGUGCACAUGUACUCUUUCAAGGGAAGUUCGAGGAAAAGAAAAGUUUCUAUAGGUUUGAACGUUAGAAAGAACGAACUUAAAGUUCUUAAAAUUUCAAUUGCAGCUGUAUUUUUAUUUUGUCUGGCGUGGUUCCCGUACGCGAUUGUUUGUCUUAUAUCAAUAACAGGUCAUUACGAUUUGAUCAGUCCCUCUAGCGCCGCCAUUCCUGGUCUAUUUGCCAAAGCAUCGGCUAUCUACAAUCCAUUCCUUUAUGGCGUAUUUCACCCCCGGAUACAACCUAAUUUGCGGCGCUCCUGGAAAGCGCUAGUAUACGCUUGUAUUGACGCAAAAGGAGUAGCGGUUCAUGUUUCCAGUUGGUCAAGAUCUCGCUCACUUUCACGGUAAUAUAAUUGUCAGGUGAUAGUGACGUACACUCCCAAAUGGAUUGUUUGACUUAUUCGUUUUUGACUGAAGCUAGUAAUUUGCCUGAACAUGCAGUGUGAACAUAGAGACAGAGUCAAAAACUGCGCGCUCAUGUUAGGACACAAAAUAACCUAGAGAAGAAUUGGCACUCAUGAAAGUAAGGGAGAAUAAAUUAUGAAAUGUAGAAUUUGUUAACGAUGCUAAACUUCGUGCACUGGUUGAAAACCUAAAAUAAGAAAAAUCAAGUCAUACUUUGCCCAAGGGUAAUAUUCAUUGUAUUACAUGAGCUG